AUGCCGACAGUAAAAAGACAAUCAAGAAAUGAUAAGCCCAAGCGCUUGCGAAAGCGCAAGGCAAGAACUGAUGUCUCCGAUUCUUCGGAUUCAUCAGACUCCUCAUCAUCUUCAGAAUCUGAAAGCAGUGAUUCAGAACCUACACCCCAGAAGAAGAGCGUUGUCAAGACUAAGGCUAAGCCCAAGACCAAGACUGUUCAGAGGUCACCAUCCCGAUCAUCUUCGCCAGAAGAGGAUCAGACACCAAGUGGGCCCCAGGUUGCAGACGCAGAGGCCGAGGAUGCAUUCACAUCAUUCUACCUCCGUCAAAUGACUACCGAGUUUGCCGAAGAUCUGGACAAGAUACGCUCGGCAGGCGACUUCAACGACAAGUCCCUCGGCCUACUGAUUGGUGCUCUCAAACAAGGACGCGAAUGCUUCGACCGUCACGACAGACUGGCUGUCGGAAAAGCCAUCGUCGCUGCCAACCAGUGA